AUGGGAGUCCGCAGAUUGAUCUUGCGUUCGCACGAGGCUACGACCCAGCCUGGACCCAGCCCUCGAAGAGUCGAACUCGCUAGCGAUUCACGCAAGCAACACGAAGCCAGAGACGAAUAUGUUCCCUGGGCACAGCACGUACGCCGCCGAGAACAGACUCUGCUUGACCGUAUCAUCAAGGGCGCCGAGGUUGGGCAGUACUACCUCCUGCUCGGUCCCAAGGCCGUCGAAGCCGAGGGUGUCGCGAUAUGUGAUGCGCACCCAGACCUGGAAGUGUUCCGUCUGCGUCUUGGCAAGGCGUUGAACUACGAGUUCAAUGAGGAUACGCAGACCAGCUUGUUUCAAAGGCGUGGCCCUCGAGAGGCCGGACCAUCACUGGAUAUAGAGCGAGAGAGCACGUCGGCAGCACUCGACAAACUGGAGAAGGUCGCGCUGCGCUACGCACGACGGACGAGCAGGCCGUUCAUCCUGAUCUUUGCCAACAUUCAUUCUUCAAAAACGACGAUGGCGGGAGGCAGAUGCGACAACAUACGGAAAGCUGGGCGGCUGCAGUUAGGAAUCCUGACAAUGGUGUUCAGCCGUCAUGCGCAAGCCCAAAAGCCAGUAGGAUUCAGGUCGCUUGUCACGGUCUCUGACCUGACCUUCAAGAAUGCGCUCCGGGCCUCGGCACAGAUGUGCCUCAAUGCCAAAAUUCCGACUGAUGCGGAGGACCUCCACGAUGCAGUAUUCGUGCACAUGCUGGCCGUCGAGAAGGCAUGGCUGCUCAUCCUCGUCGGGCUCAUACCUGACUGUGAUGACGACGUCGUGGACGAGCAGAAGUGGAGCUCGUGCUCGUGGCUUCUCCUGCGCGAGUUCGUCAAGCAGCGCCGCGAGGACGAGCGCAAGCGUACGAAGGCGCUUGCCUCCGACUCUCUUGAAGACCUCGAUCGCGCCAAUGUCUUCGCCGUUGAUGCAGCACGGGAAGUCGUGGAAGAGGAGGGCUUCGAUAAUCUACUGGACAGGGUGCGGAGCUGA